CGGCCACGUGCCUGGAGUGGUUGAAUGUAGCGUCUAGUUAUAUAUGUCUACGACGGUGGAUGCCAACCAAACGGUUUUGACUAGAAAGGAUACAGCUACCUCAAAUGGGCAUGCGCACCUAAAUGCCGCAUUAUAUUAGUCACGCUGAAAACAGUUGAUAAAUAUUUUAAUUAGUGUAAGGUUAGCUUUAGGGUUGGGGUAACGUUAGGUGAAGGCGUUAGCUAAUGUAUGUUAAUUUAUUGUAAUUAUAUGGCGAGGUUUUGCACCACUUCCGGCCGUAGCCGUUUCCCUUCUAGCAACAAACCAAACAAGAAGAAGCUGACCAACGAUUCCGGUCUAAAGUGAUGUCAAGCAUGACGUCACGUCGCGCGUAGAGUUCAGUUCAGCAUGGCGCCGCUCUUGCUCCCGCUGAAGUGUGGCUUUAACAUUCAAAGGCGCAAAUUAUCGUUGUUACUACAGCAGAGCAGCGGUUUUCAUAUACGGAGUUAUCACGAGCACAGAGAGACGAAUAAACACACACGACAGUCAAGUUUAAACCCAGCGUCAACAUGGACCAUCAGCAGAAGCCCAAACACACAGCGGAUUCUGCAAGCGGUGAAACAUUCACAGGUUCCAGAGAGACCGUGCUGGCAUGGAAAUGCAGGAGGAGGACUGAGUGCAGAUCCCAAAAAUGUGCUGAAGGAAGUGAACACAUCGAAGAUUCUCGGAGCCAUGUUGACGUAUGUUUGGCCCAAGGAUCGACCAGACCUCCGUGCUCGUGUGGUCAUAUCUCUGAGCCUGCUUGCCGGAGCCAAGAUGACCAACGUGACGGUGCCCUUCAUGUUUAAAUAUGCUGUGGAUGGCCUGAACCAGAUGUCGGGACACAUGUUGAACCUGAGCGACGCGCCAAACACGGUGGCAACCAUGGCAACGGCUGUUUUGAUUGGCUACGGCGUGUCUCGUGCUGGAGCGGCUCUCUUCAAUGAGCUGAGGAACGCUGUCUUUGGGAAAGUGGCUCAGAGCUCCAUCAGAAGGAUCGCCAGGAAUGUCUUUCUUCACCUUCAUAACCUGGAUCUGGGCUUUCACCUGAGCAGACAGACAGGAGCACUGUCCAAAGCCAUUGACCGCGGCACGCGAGGAAUCAGUUUCGUUCUGAGCGCGCUGGUCUUUAACCUCGGGCCCACUCUCUUUGAGAUGCUGCUGGUCAGCGGUAUUCUGUAUUAUAAAUGCGGUGGUCAGUUUGCUCUGGUGACUCUGGGAACUCUCUCAGCGUACACGGCAUUCACAAUCGCUGUUACACAAUGGAGGACACGGUUCAGGAUCGAGAUGAAUAAAGCCGAUAAUGAAGCUGGAAACGCUGCCAUCGACUCUCUUCUCAAUUAUGAAACUGUUAAGUAUUUCAACAAUGAGAGGUACGAGGCGGAGCGGUAUGAUGGUUUUCUGAAGGUGUAUGAGUCCUCUUCUCUGAAGACCACCUCGACUCUGGCCGUACUGAACUUCGGUCAGAGUGCUAUCUUCAGCGUCGGUCUCACCGCUAUCAUGGUGCUCGCCAGUAAAGGCAUAAUGGCAGGGACGAUGACAGUUGGAGACCUGGUGAUGGUGAACGGCCUUCUCUUUCAGAUCUCUCUGCCGCUCAACUUUCUGGGCACGGUGUACAGAGAGACCAGACAAGCUCUCAUAGACAUGAACACACUCUUCACACUGCUCAGCGUGGACACUAACAUAAAGGAGAAGGAAAUGGCUCCACCUCUGCUCGUAACUUCUCAGGAAGCCACCAUCAGGUUUGAGGAUGUGUGUUUUCAGUAUUUGGAAGGACAGAAAGUGCUCAACGGCGUUUCAUUUGAGGUUCCCGCGGGGAAAAAGGUGGCCAUCGUUGGCGGGAGUGGAUCUGGGAAGAGCACCAUCGUUCGAUUGCUGUUUCGAUUUUACGAGCCACAGCAAGGAAACAUCUACAUCGCAGGCCAGAACAUUCGUGAUGUUAGUUUGGAAAGCUUGAGGAAAGCUGUGGGUGUCGUACCGCAGGAUGCCGUGCUUUUCCACAAUACCAUAUUUUACAAUCUCCAGUAUGGUAACAUCAGUGCCACGGCAGAGGAGGUGUACAGCGUGGCCAAACUGGCCGGAAUCCACGACGCCAUUCUCAGAAUGCCUCAUGGGUACGGCACGCAGGUGGGAGAGCGAGGCCUGAAGCUGUCAGGUGGAGAGAAGCAGCGUGUGGCCAUUGCUCGAGCCGUCCUGAAGAAUCCUCCCAUUCUGCUGUAUGAUGAAGCCACGUCUUCACUAGACUCCAUCACUGAAGAGACUAUUCUCAGCUCUAUGAAGGAAAUGGUGAAGGACAGAACAUCUGUGUUUAUUGCUCACCGGCUGUCCACCAUCGUAGAUGCGGAUGAGAUUAUUGUAUUAAAUCAGGGGAAAGUGGCAGAACGUGGCGAUCAUCACUCUCUCCUCAACACACCGGGCAGCCUGUACGCCGACCUGUGGAACACGCAGAACAGCAAAGUUCUGAGUAACGUCGGCAAGGCCGAGAGAAUGAGAAAGAUCUCACAGAAAGAGGACGAGCGCACGAAACUGAAGGAAGAGAUCAUGAACAGCGUGAAGGGCUGCGGCAACUGCUCGUGCUGACCUCCGCGUCACGUCUUCAGUAUUUGUGAGUGCCGGCUGACCUCCGUCAGGCUAUCACGUCUCCAUGUUUCAUCUGGACGUUCUCUUGUCGUCUAUGGGACC